AUGACCACUACGACCAAGAGACGUAUGUUCCCGACCUCUUCGAUGCGGUCGUCAGCCACUGCGUCGUCAGCUGCGGCAGUGUCGGCCGCUUUUCGACUGAAGUCGAAUCUGUCUACUGCUACGAAAUUACCCAUUGCACGACAACGUCCGACGGCGAUCCGGGCAGGAACUGUACCCGACGGGAGUACCGCCGUGCGCGAGGAGUGCCCGGUCAAGUCGCUCGCGAGGUCCCACACCGAGUCGGCGGCUGGAAAACAACACGACCAGGCGAAGACCGCGUCGCAACGGUUUGCCAUGUCGUCGAUUAUGCGGCUUCGGACCGUCUCAAAGGACAAAGUGCACUCGAAACUCGCGGCUGUUACCCACCUCAAGAAAUCACACGGCGGCCGACUGAAGCGCUGUACGAGCACAAACAGUAGCGGCACUUAUGCCGACAGCGAAGAAGAGGCUGAACUGAACGGCGAGUGUACUUCGUCGAAAGCUCACAAGUCGGCUAUGACCUCUGCCUCGCGCUUUGUCAAGGGCAUGCCCACGAUGCUAAGACGCGCAGUCUCGACGAACAACCCAUUGGAUGAGGCCCAGACGAGUCCGUUCGAUGGCAGCGACUGCUACACGCCGCAAGAUGAGACGGCGACGGACGAUACAGAAGACGACCGGCAGUCGUUGCUGCUGAUGCUGCAGGUGCCCCAGACGCGAAGAUACUCCCAGCUCCCACUCAUGGCAGCCAGCGAAGGCUGGUGA